UUGACAAUCGACGCCAUUUUCCAAUUUGCCAUUUUUAUAAACAAAGUGCUUGCGGACGGAUGCCGUGCUGGCCGAGUCGUCCGUGUUAUUUCACUCCAUUGACGAAAACAUGUUCAACGCCGAAGUUUGGAAAUUGUGGGAAAGAAGCGGAAAAUCCGAGUUCUUGAAGCAAUGCAAGGCACUCCUGAAGGACGACCAACAGAGCCCACUGUUUGGGAAGAACGAGCGCAAGAAUGGCAUCUCCCGAGCGAUCUACGAGCUCAUCUCGCGGGGCAUUCACGGUCAGCUGAAGAAGGACAGCGUACUGCAGAUGCUCGGAGAGCUUGUGAGCCUCCAUAAUGACGUUCCCUCGAUACUGUUGGAUGUGAUCGGGAUCUUCGACGCGGAAACUACCGGCACCGGUGGUGAUGCACCGCCGAGCGAGGAACGAUCUAUGUUUUGCUAUAUCGUGAAGGAAACGGAAAGGUUUCUGUCGGAAAAGCUGCUAAAGGAACGGUUGGAGAUCGAUACACUGCAGGACGUGGGCACAAUCAAGAAUCGUAGUUUCUACACACGAUUUAUCAAAGUGAAAACAAAGCUCUAUUACAAGCAACGUCGAUUCAAUCUGUUCCGCGAGGAAAGCGAAGGCUAUGCGAAGCUCAUCACGGAACUGAAUCAGGAAUUUAAUCAGGAUACGCUGACGGUACAGAAUGUGUUGGAAAUAAUCAAAUCACUGAUCGGUUGCUUCAAUCUCGACCCGAACCGGGUGCUGGACAUCAUACUGGAAUCGUUCGAAGCGCGCCCGGAACAGGAACGCAUUUUCAUCCCGUUGCUGCAGGCUUACAUUAACGAUGGCAACAUUAUCUGCGAAGUGCUCGGCUACAAGUAUCGGUACUUUGCGGAUGUGCAAACGCCGGGUUCGUUGUUUAAAGUUACCGCACUGCUGCUGCAGCACCGUGUUAUCAAGCUGGACGAUAUAUAUGCUUGGUUAAAUCCACCAGACAAAACAAUCAUAGCGGACUGGGAGGCGGAAAUGACGCAGGCGAAAGAGUACGUCCGGAAGCUGAACGUUAUCCUUACCAACAAAGACAAGGAACCGGAACAGGAGCCCGAGUUUGAAACGGCACCGGAAAAGUAUGCGCUUAACCAGAAGUGGGGUCUCUGCGAAGCGUUGCUAACGAUCGGUGACUGGAGCACGGCCCAGCAGCUAAUCCGUAAACUGCCGGACCAAUCGGUAAUGGUACACGAACCGAUUGCUCUAGCAUUGUGCCGCUUGCUGCACAUGAUAAUUGAGCCCGUCUACCGGCUAAAGUGUGCCCUGCCGGCCAAUAUAAAGGGUCGUGCCAUUUCGACUUACGGUGUGCUGAACAAACUCGCACCACCACCCGUUACAACGCUGACCAAGCUACGUUUACAUGCAUUCCCGAUGUUUACCGCGCUAGGGCCAUCGCUGCACUACGAUUCGGUUCUGCUAUACAAGUUGCUGCGUCUCAUGCGUGUCAUUCUGACCGAUAUGAAUGUGGAUCCACUGAAUCCACCGGCACCGGGCGGCACCUCGACGGAACAUGAGCAGCUGUACUAUGACAUUCUGUCACUGCUGGAUUCGUCCGUGCUGCCUGCGCUGGCGUACAUGGAUUGCAAUUGCUGUGUGGCGGAAGAGAUUUGGUCCAUCGUGAAGCUGUAUCCGUACCAGUAUCGGUACAGCUUGUACGCGCGCUGGAAGAAUGAUACGUUUCAGCUGCAGCCACAGCUGAUUCAUAGGCGCGGAACAGCUCAAAAGCAAAUCAAAGCACUAAUGAAGCGCGUUAGCAAGGAGAAUAGUAAACCGGUGGGCAGGUUGAUCGGAAAGCUGAGCCACUGUUCGCCCGGAUUCCUAUUUGAAUACAUUCUACUGCAGAUACAGAUCUACGACAAUCUGAUAGCACCGGUCGUCGAUUCGCUCAAGUAUCUCACCUCACUGUCGUACGACGUGCUCGGCUACUGUCUGAUCGAAGCGCUCGAGCAGGUUGAUCGAAAUCCGAUGCAAAACGAUGGUACCAGCAUCUCGCUGUGGUUGCAAAGUUUGGCCAACUUUUGCGGUGCCAUCUAUAAGAAAUAUAACAUCGAGCUGAGCGGUUUGCUACAGUAUGUGGCGAAUCAGCUGAAAUCACACAAAAGCCUCGAUCUGCUCAUCCUGAAGGAGGUGGUCCAAAAGAUGGCCGGCAUUGAGGCGGCCGAGGAGAUGACGAACGAGCAGCUACAGGCGAUGUGCGGUGGUGAGCUGUUGCGUGGGGAGGCUGGCUACUUUAGUCAGGUCCGCAACACGAAAAAAUCUUCACAGCGGCUGAAGGAAGCGCUGGCGAGCAAUGAUCUUGCGGUUGCGUUGUGUUUGCUGAUAGCGCAGCAGAAGCAUUGCGUGAUUUAUCGCGAGACGGCUCAAAGUCAUCUGAAACUGGUGGGCAAGCUGUACGAUCAGUGUCAGGAUACUUUGGUACAAUUCGGGACGUUCCUCGGGUCGACGUAUUCCGUGGAGGAGUAUGUUGAGCGGUUGCCGACCAUACACAACAUGCUACAGAAGUACCACAUACAUUCGGAUGUGGCAUUUUUCCUUGCCCGGCCAAUGUUUUCCCAUGCAAUCAAUCAAAAAUACGACCAGCUGCGUAAGGCGGAACCGAACGGGAAAAAACUAUCGACCUCACAAAAGAUGGCCAAAUAUCUCGAAGCAACGGCACAGGUCAUGAAUCCGGUGAUCGAAUCCGUUCGUCCACUGCAUCCACCGAAGAUAUGGGAAGAUAUUAGUCCUCAGUUUUUGGUCAGCUUUUGGUCCCUAUCGAUGUACGAUUUGCAGGUGCCGAUGGAAAGUUAUCAGCGCGAAAUUAGCAAACUCAAGCAGCUUUCCAUGGCGGUAAUGGAAUCGAAAGAUCAGAAUGCGUCCAAAAACAAAAAGGAGCAGGAACGGUACGUUGCGCUGAUGGAUAAGCUGCAGGACGAGCGUAAGAAGCAGCAGGAGCAUGUAGAUAAGAUUAUGCAUCGAUUGACGAACGAGAAAGAUUUCUGGUUCCUGUCGCGUUCGGCAAAAUCGGCAAAGAACGAAACCAUCACCCAGUUCCUGCAGCUUUGCCUGUUUCCGCGCUGCACAUUCACUGCGCUGGAUGCGAUCUACUGUGCCAAAUUUGUGCACACCAUCCACAAUUUGAAAACGGCCAACUUUUCCACUCUGCUGUGUUACGAUCGGAUAUUCUGCGACAUUACGUACUCGGUCACCUCCUGCACGGAGAAUGAAGCGACCCGCUACGGACGGUUCUUGUGCGCGAUGCUGGAAACGGUUAUGCGUUGGCAUUCGGAUGAAGCCACCUUCAACAAGGAGUGUGCCAACUACCCAGGCUUCGUGACCAAGUUCCGCGUCAGCAACCAAUACUCGGAAGCGAUCGAUCAUGUAAACUACGAAAACUAUCGGCAUGUGUGCCACAAGUGGCACUACAAAAUUACCAAAGCGAUGGUGUUCUGUCUCGACUCGAAGGAUUACAUGCAGAUCCGCAAUUCGCUGAUUAUUCUGAUGCGCAUUUUACCUCACUUCCCGGUGCUGACCAAAUUGUCGCAAAUUCUCGAGAAGAAGGUGGAGAAGGUACGCGAGGAGGAGAAGAACCAGCGGCAGGACCUGUUCGUCCUUGCGUCGAGCUACAUCGGUCAGCUAAAGGCAAAGGCGGGUCAAAUGAUGUUGGAAUCCGACUUCCAUCAGGUACCGGAGAAGACGUUUAAGGCGGCGGCAUCUACUGCGGCAACAACAACCACCGCAGUUGAUCAGCAACAGCAGCAGCAGAGCACGAAAUCAUCCGUUAAUGGGAAUGAUGUUAAAGGUGGACAGAGCAGUACAAGACAGGGCGCUGGAGGUGGUGGAAGCAACAAUUCUGGCCCAUCGAACGGUACAAUCGGUAGCGCACCGGGUGGAAACUCAAUCUCUUCUUCAUCCUCUAGCUCAAUAGGUGCAACGUCGAACGGUAGCAUCGGUGGUGGUGGUGGAAAUAGCAACGAUCAUCAUCGCGUAGGAGACACAGUCAAGAAGGAACUUUCGUCCACAACAUCAUCUGGAUCGCGGGAAAACAUCGGAGGAGGAUCCUCUUCAUCCAAUCGUGAAUCUUCCGUCUCGAUGACGCGGGAAAAAUCUUCGAAAGAGAUCAAGCGUGAGGAGCGAGCACGGGAAAAGGAGCGGGAGCGCGAGGAAGCGGCUGCCGCUGUUGCCGCACUACAGACGGAUCGUAAACGGGAGAAGGAGAAGCGACGGGAUAAGCGAGAUCAUUACAACCACGAGCGUGAAUCGAGAACCAGCGAGAGAGACCUAGCGCCAAGGGAUCGCAGUGAGAGGGAUUUAAGCUCGGUGUCCAACUCUAGCAACGAGCAGCAGCACAGCAGCACGCGACGCAGUCAGGAUCCACCAGAACAUGAUAGAGAGAUGAAGCGCCGCAAGCUGGAAGGCUCUAGUUCCUCGAAGAGCAAGCAUGAUGAUGGUAUCGGCAGUUCCAGCCAGCACCUAUUGUCCGAGUCGAAAAAGGAGCGCAGCAGCAAAACGAAGGAAAAGCGCGACAAGACUGACGAGGAAAAGGAACUCCGCAAGGAGCGUAAGCUGGGACGCAAACGGCAGGAACGCAAUCCGGAAGAAUCACUCCUAACGGACAAACGGUUACGCCGGGAGGAGGAAAAAGCGAGCAAACUACUUUCCCAUCAAAACGGUGACAAUGAUGCCGAUCUGGCACUGAUGUCCGUUUCUUCCUCGCACCGGGACAAGCAUCAUCAUUACCAUUUGCGGGAAGCAUCACCCUCAUACUAUCCGAGUAGUAGCAGCGGAGGUGGCGGUGGUGGUGGAGGAAGUAGUGGCAGUGUGUUGCGGGAUCACCGCGAACGAUCACACGAUCGUGGAUUGGAUCGGGGCGAGAAGCAGUACUUUACGAAGACUUCCCGCACACGUUCGGGCUAUUAG